AUGGCCAACAACACCGCGCAGCUGCAGCUUCUUCUCGAUGCAGGAGCUGAUGCCACUGCUCAAGAGAACAAUGGACUGACCCCGUUGAUGAUAGCGGUGAAGAUUCGUGGGGAGGAUGCGGCUUUCCGGUUGAUAGCACACAUUGAGCAGAACCGUCCAGAAGCGAUCAAUGUCGCCGACCUGGAAGGCUGCACCGCCCUGCACUUUGCCGUGUUCGCAGGGUCCAUAGCGGCCACUCUGACAAAGCGCAUUCUGGAAGCCCGGGCCAGCCCGAUGCCAGCAAACAAGAACGGCCACACUCCUCUGAUGCUCGCCAUAAAGCAAGGGGCUGCGGAGGUCGCAGACGUGUUCGUGGGGUCGGGCUCGUGGUCGGAGGAGGUGAGCAAGACGCUGGAUGAAAAGGACAAGGAGGCCGGUCGCUCAGCGCUAAUGAUGGUUGCGGAUCGGAAUCUGGAAGAUCUCGCCGAGCUGUUGCUGGAAGCUGGCGCAAAGCUGGAUGAAGUGGACAAAGACAAAAAGUCCCCUCUAGAGAUCGCCAAAACGGAAGGUAUGAUAAAGAUCCUAUGCUCGGGGAAAGACGAGCCUCCACUGACAUCUGCCCGGGGCGGCUCGGUUCUAAAGUGGCUCCUUGAGAAGCACGGCCAUGGCCAAUCAUUGGCAGAGGCCCUGCGAGAAAACGUGCCUUUGUCUCGGCUGGUGGAGGCGGGACAGGGAUCUGCCUCCGUGCCCGAGAUGGAGAUCCUCCUGCACUGGACUGCGGAGGAAGCAAAAACCCUCUCUGAAGAGGAUCGUGAGGCGAGGUUCCAGGAAGUCAUUUCCGGCGUAUCCGAUCAGGACACGCUCUCGGAUGUGUUGGUCUGCACAACACAACGCAACACGUCCUACAUCUCGGUGGCCACCUUUCUGUUGAAGCAAGGUGCCCGCGCUCGAGAUGCCAUUGCCCUGGCGAUCCGGCGCAAGAGGGUAGCACUCGUGAGCCAGCUGCUGGAUGUGGCGAAGAUCACCGCGGAGGGUCGUGCUGCAGCCGAGCAGGCAGAGGGUCGUGGCGAGGGGGCCGAAGUGGCCGAAGAAGCGGCCGAGGAGGCCGAGAGGGCCGAGGCCUCGGGCAGCGGCGGGGGCCUGGAGUUGUUGAGCGCGGUCCUGGAGAAAGUGGAAGGAGAGGUCCAGAACAUGGAUCCUGAUCUCUCUGCCAAAGAGAUGCUUCAGGUGCUGGGUAAAGUGGCCUAUGGUGCUGAGCAGUGGGCCAAAAUCGAAGGAAAGGUAAAGGGUUUGCAUCCCGUGCGACAACCUGCAGAAUAUAAGAAGUGGGUUCUCCAAGGGCUUCAAGACCUGGCCACCUGGAAGAAGGAGCAGGCGCAGCAAGCGCAAGCAAAGAAGCAAGCUGCCCAAGAGGCAACGACGAAGCGCGCGCGACUCGAUUCCGACUAUGAGGACAUGCUGGAUCAGUGCAGUGACGACGAGGAUGAUUGGUCGUCCACAGAAACUGAGACGGUUACGCAAGCAGUUUCAGGAGCCGCGGCAACGCCGGCUCCCACCCAGAAAUGA